GUGUGCAAUCCCAGUGGCACAGGGAGAGGAUGAAAGUUCUUGCGUAAAUAUUUAUUAUAAUAUAGCCAUUCGAGGAUAUGAAAAUAGUUCGAAAUGAGAGCGAAACUUUUCCUGUCUCAUACGAUACACGUCACGUACUCUCAUUUCAAACUGUUUGCAAUGCAACGAGGGAUGCGAUAAACGUUUCACGAAUGGCCACCCCGUCGUUCCUAUAAAUACGAUUGUCACUGCUUGGUCGAACGUCAGUCUCUCUAAGCACAUCUGUGAAAUCAUAGGAUUACAUUCAAGAAAAAUAAACAUGGCUAUUAAGUCGAUCCUCGUCAUUAUGGCAGCUGGAACGUUCGCUCUAUGUAACGGUGGAGCUAUUCCAUUACCUGUUGCUGCUGUAGCUCCAGCAACAGAUUACGAUCCUCAUCCACAAUACACCUAUGCUUACGAUGUAAGCGACAGCUUAACGGGUGAUUCGAAGAGUCAACAUGAAAGCAGAAAUGGCGAUGUUGUUAGUGGCAGUUAUAGUUUGAUCGAAGCUGAUGGUACCAGACGAGUCGUCGAAUACACAGCUGAUCCAAUUAAUGGAUUCAACGCUGUUGUCCAUAGAGAACCUGUAGCCCUUAUUAAACCAGUCGUUCCUGUUGCUCCAGUUGCUCCAAUUGCUUACCGUCAUAACAUGGCUGGCAAGCUCGUCGUAUUUUUGGGGUUGGCGGUACUCGGGCAAUGUGCGGUGGUACCAGCGGCAAUACCAGCUGUAGCAGCUGUUCCUGCGGCAAGACUAGAAGAAUUUGACGCAACACCACAGUAUAGUUUUGCCUAUGACGUCCAAGACACUUUGACGGGUGAUUCAAAGGCUCAAUAUGAAACGAGAAACGGUGAUAUCGUUCAAGGAAGCUACAGUUUGAUCGAAGCUGACGGAACUCGGCGUAUCGUUGAAUACACGGCUGAUCCUGUAAAUGGAUUCAAUGCCGUUGUUAGCAGGGAACCUGUAACUGCUUUGGCUGCUAUCGCAGCACCUUUCGUACCCUAUAGACCCGCUGUAUCACCUGCUGUGGCAGCUGCACCUUUACCUGCACCGGCUGCUCCAGCUAUUCCUGCGACUGGUCCGGAUUCGGAUGUUGAAGUUGUCGAAGCUAGAACAGGACCUCUGAAGAACGCUCCGGCUCCUCGAGAUUUUGAAAUUCAGAAACAGCAGAGGCAACAGCAACUUGAACAGAUACGCCAGCAGCAACAACGUCAGCAAGAACAGCAGCAACAACAGUUGGAGCAGCUCAGACAGAUACAGGAACAGCAAGAACAGACGCGCCGUCAAAUUCAGCAGCAAGUCAGGCAACAGCAACAACAAGUACAAGAUCAACAAGAUGAUCAACAGGAGGAGCAACAACAGAAGGAACAACAACAGAAGGAACAUCAAGAACAGCAGGAACAGAGAUCUACACCAGUUAGAGCUCUCGCCAGUCCAGUUCAGUUCCGAUUGGGACAGACAGAGAAUAUUCAACGAGGAUUAGUCCAAUUACCAACGGCAAGAGCUGUAGCUUCUUAUCCUACCUACUCUGCUUAUACGGCAGCAUACUCCUCACCGUUUGCCUAUGCGACACCCCUUGCCAGUUUAACCUAUGCACCUGCACUCCUCUAA